UCACGUGAGCAUCCAAUUUCCUCCUACUUUUCCCUGCUCAUAAUGUGUAUUUAUUUGUUCGGCAUAUACACAAUCGAACAAACAUGAAGUCGUUCAGUCUCCUUUCCAUCCUUACGGCAUCUCUCGCACCUGCUAUCACGGAUGCGCUCAAGCCGUCGAAGUGUGGUGGGUCACUCACUAGUGCUUGUCUCAGCGAAACUGACAAAAGGUACGAUGCCGACUAUCCCGUGUCCAUUGUGGAGCAAAACCCAACAUGGAAUCAAUUUGAGGGCUUGUGGAAAAUUACAAUCAAAAAUUACGAGGGCGACGGCACACCAGCAUUGCCUACACCUUACAACGCAGCAAUCGAUCAGGGUGUGCCGUAUACUCGAGACGAUGUAGUGGGCUUUUACAAUCACUCUUUGAUUGGCUCGAGAAUGUCGAUUAAUCGAUACUACGUCUUCAAUCCAGCCCCGGAAGCUUUCUGCAACCAAACGUUCGAGCCACCAUUCCUGAAUGUCGCAGGACCUGGUGUUUGCGGAGUCAAUGGAUAUGCGUUUACGGCUGGGCAGUACGGUACAAGCACCCACGACAACAAUGGCGAUGUUUCGUUUUUCCGCGUGUAUGGUGGAUAUUCGAAUCUUCCCAGUAAACUUCCAUACGAUUUGAAUCCACCAGGUCGAUUCAGCUGGAUUGAUUCUAGUACAUUAUGGGGAACUAACAGCGUUGAAGGAUUUUUCAGCCAAAAUAAUCCCUACAUUUUCCUCGACAACAACACAGCGUUGGUCAACUCCAACUUCAUCAGCUUGGUCGAAAGAACACGCGGGGUCACCGCCAUUUCCGAAAUGGUGCGAAUGGAAGAGAGUGAGUGGAUUGCUGCCAUUGAGCAAGCGUACGACGACAGCAACGUCAUCGAAUCCCAAAGAAUCCCAGUUCCUUUCCAGGAGUUCACCUUGGACCCUGCGUCAUACCCCACCGAGGAAGAGUGGUGUGGAGGGGUGGGCAACGAUCCUGCAUGCACCGUGUCCCAGUUUCAGGAACCUGACGCCAAGUUGAAGACCGGUCCGCUCUUGGGAUUCAUCAUCCUUGGUCUCGCUGUUUUUUGCAUUCCCCUGUACGCGUUUUACCGUUAUCGAAUUGAGCAGCAGGAGCGCCGUAUCAAGGCCCAAUUCAUUCGCGGUGUCGCCAAGAACAUUUCCAUUUCACCUUCGGCUGGAGCUCUUUCCCAAGAGAAUCUGAUUGCGGAGUUCGCGCGCAUCGACAAAGACAAUGGCGGUACCAUUGAGAAAGCAGAGCUCAAAGCUUGGAUUGACGAAGGAAAGCUGGGCAACAUUUCCGAUAAAGAUUUCAAUGCCUUGUGGAGCGCGUUGGAUAUUGACGGAUCGGGUACGGUGGACUUUGUGGAGUUUUGCACUUUCCUCAGCGGUUGUGGCGAAGCAUUCGACGAAGUGUACGACCAGCAAGAGAAAAUGAGUAAGCAAGAGAAAAUGAAGUAUGCUUCCUCUCGCUUGCUCAACUCCAAUGCAGGUGAUGACGAGAAGGAUAUUGAAAAAGACAUCAAAGAUUAAGAAGGUUGUGGAAAGACAGGACGGUUGACCAAUAGGUCGUCGGGUCACCAUCUGUCUAGUACUGUAUUUCACAUUUGUUGGUAGUUCUUAAAGUUAGGAAAAAGAGGACAGCCUUUAAACGAUAUAUGCCUGUU